AGCGCCUGCCCUGCCAGUGUGCGUGCCAGGCUGCCCCACGACCACCAUGGUGAAGCUCCUGCUGCCCAACCCGGGCCUGGACGACCGGAUCCCGUCCCUGGACCAGCUGGAGACCAUCGAGAAGAAGGAGGCCAGCUCCCGGCCCCAGUGGGACAACAAGGCUCAGUACAUGCUCACCUGCGUGGGCUUCUGCGUGGGACUCGGCAACGUGUGGCGUUUCCCCUACCUCUGCCAGAGCCACGGAGGAGGGGCCUUCAUGAUCCCGUUCCUCAUCCUGCUGGUGCUGGAGGGCGCCCCCCUGCUGUACCUGGAGUUCGCCAUCGGCCAGCGGCUGCGCAGGGGCAGUGUGGGCGUGUGGAGCUCCAUCCAUCGCCUCAAGGGCAUAGGAAUCGCUUCCAUGUUCGUGUCCUUCGUGGUGGGCUUGUACUACAACACCAUCAUUGCCUACAUCAUGUGGUACUUCUUCAACUCCUUCCAGGACCCUCUGCCGUGGAGCCAGUGCCCCCUCAACCUAAACCACACAGGCUACGUGGACGAGUGUGCCAAGAGUUCCUCCGUGGACUACUUCUGGUACCGAGAGACCCUCAACGUCUCCACCUCCAUUGAUGACUCGGGCUCCAUCCAGUGGUGGAUCCUGCUGAGCCUGACCUGUGCCUGGAGCGUGCUGUACGUGUGCAUCAUCCGCGGCAUCGAGACCACAGGCAAGGCCGUGUACGUCACUUCCACGCUGCCUUACGUCGUGCUGACCAUCUUCCUCAUCCGCGGCUUGACACUGAAGGGUGCCACCAAGGGCAUUGUCUUCCUCUUCACACCCAACGUCACGGAGCUGGUCAACCCCAACACCUGGCUGGACGCGGGCGCCCAGGUCUUCUUUUCCUUCUCAUUGGCCUUUGGGGGCCUCAUCUCCUUCUCCAGCUACAACUCUGUGCACAACAACGUUGAGAUGGACUCUGUAAUCGUGUCCGUCAUCAACGGCUUCACAUCCGUGUUUGCGGCCACCGUGAUCUACUCCAUCAUCGGGUUCCGGGCCACACAGCGCUUUGACGACUGCUUCAACACGAACAUCCUGACCCUCAUGAAUGGGUUCGACCUGGCGGAGGGCAGCGUGACCCAGGAGAACUUCGAGGCCAUGCAGAAGUUGUACAACAAUACCGACCCUGUCACCUACGCACAGCUCAAGUUCCAGACCUGUGACAUGAAUUCCUUCCUCUCUGAGGGUGUAGAAGGCACAGGCCUGGCCUUCAUUGUCUUCACGGAAGCCAUCACCAAGAUGCCUGUGUCGCCGCUGUGGUCCGUGCUCUUCUUCCUCAUGCUCUUCUGCCUGGGCCUCUCGUCCAUGUUCGGUAACAUGGAGGGCGUGGUGGUGCCACUACAGGACCUCAAGAUCAUUCCCGAAAAGUGGCCCAAGGAGCUGCUGACAGGCAUCAUCUGCUUGGGGACAUACCUCGUAGCCUUCAUCUUCACACUCAAGUCUGGCCAGUAUUGGCUGUCCCUUCUGGACCAAUAUGCCGGCUCUAUCCCUUUGCUCAUCAUCGCCUUCUGUGAGAUGUUUUCCGUGGUCUACGUUUAUGGCAUAGACAGGUUCAACAGAGACAUCAAGUUCAUGAUUGGCCACAAACCCAACAUCUUCUGGCAGGUCACUUGGAGAGUAGUCAGCCCCCUGAUCAUGCUGGUCAUCUUCUUGUUCUUCUUUGUGAUUGAGGUCAACCAAAAGCUCACAUACAUUGUCUGGGAUCCCGACUAUGAGGAGUUUCCGAAAUCCCAGAAGGUCAAUUAUCCAGACUGGGCCUAUGGGGUGGUGGUCAUCGUGGCUGGGGUGCCCUGCCUCACCAUCCUCUGCUUUGCCAUCUACACCGUCAUCAGAAACCAUUGCCGGAAGCCGGGGGACCAGCAGGGGCUCGUCAGCACGCGGUCCACGGCCUCGGUGAAUGGCGACCUCAAGUGCUGAAAGGGUCGCAGGCCAUGGAGGGGAGCAGAGGGCGUGGGGAGAAGAGGAACCAACAAGAAGACCCUUAGG